UGUUCGCCGCAAAUUUAGUUUCGUAAUUAUUUAAUCGUAUCAAAUAUUGGUUCUUUUCUACUUUAAUCAUGUCAUAAACCGGCGAGCUGUAUUCAAAAACUUAAAAACGUGACAAUUAUUGAAACCGAAAAGCAAAAAAAAGUGCACUUAAAACUUUUCAAUGCAAUCCAAAAGUACAAAAAAAAAAUAAAUUAACCACAAAAGUCUUGCCAUUUGAAUAAGUUUUAAAAGAAAAAAUCUGUAAUUAUUUCUUAAGAAAUAUGAACAAAAAUUAAAGAAAUCGUGUCUGACGUCAAAUUUGAGAUUAAAUUAAGCAAGACAAGACAUUUGUUAUCGCUGUUUUUUCGCACUUGUUAUAAAAUAAAAUUUUAUUGUUCAGCUGUUGAACCAUAAACAUAUUAAAAAAUAAAGCAAUGGCGGGACCUCCAGCAUCCGAAACAAGACAACGACUGAGGAGAGCUCAAUCUGUGACGCGUGCCGAAGAAAUUACCAAAGACAAGAAGAAAAUCCGGAGAUCGCAGCCAGAUAAACCUUGCCAUCAGCCGCGCGACUCGCUGUUCUCAUGGAGCUCAAAUUUCAACAAUUUCACCGGGCUGGUCAAUUGGGGCUUUUUGCUCCUCACAAUUGGCGGAUUUCGGUUGCUGCUCGAGAAUUUCAUCAAGUACGGCAUUAGGAUAGAUCCGAUGCAGUGGAUUAUUGUCUUGACUGGCGAAGGAGAAGGCGAGGGAUAUCCUUCGUUAAUUCUUUUGGCAUACACUUUGGUACCGAUUUUGCUGUGUUUACUCGUGGAAAAAGGUCUUUCUGUGGAGAUAAUUGCCGAGCGCGUUGGCAUGACAGUUCACAUCGUUAACAUUCUCGUGCUCGUACUGAUACCGAUGGUGGUCAUUCAUGUCAGAGGCACGGCAUUCAGCUUAAUUGGCGCAACGACAGUUUGCUUCUCGUACUGCGUGCUGUUCAUGAAGUUGUGGAGUUAUGUGCAGGUUAAUAUGUGGUGCCGAAACUUGCAUAACCGCGAUUCGAGCAAAAAUGGGAAAAGGCGCCGGAGUAUCUCGAUUGCACAAUUACAACGCGAAGACCGUGAAUCCGCAGAUGCUCCAAAUUCAAAAUACGACAAGAGCGAACUCUCAAAGGGACUCGUAAAAUAUCCAGACAACUUACAUUUGAAAGAUCUCUGCUACUUCAUGUGUGCCCCCACACUUUGUUAUGAACUCAACUUUCCACGUACCGAACGCAUUAGAAAGCGAUUUUUGAUCAAAAGACUCUUGGAGGUGAUUAUCGGAGUGAAUAUCGUCAUGGCUUUGUUUCAACAAUGGAUGAUUCCGUCGGUCAAAAACUCGUUAGUGCCUUUUUCGAGCAUGAACGCUGCCAAAAUGUUAGAAAGAUUGUUAAAAUUAGCGAUUCCGAACCAUUUAAUGUGGCUGUGCUUCUUCUACUUAAACUUCCAUUCGUUCUACAACCUCGUCGGGGAGUUAAUGUACUUUGCGGAUCGUAAUUUUUAUUGUGACUGGUGGAAUUCGAACAAUAUCGACACUUUUUGGCGUACAUGGAAUAUGCCAGUGCAUCGUUGGUGCGUUCGUCACUUGUACAUCCCAAUUACCGAACUCGGAUACUCCAAAACCACCGCUUCGAUGAUCGUCUUCUUCAUCAGUGCCUUUUUCCACGAAUAUCUCGUCAGUGUACCACUAAAAACGUUCAAAGUUUGGGCAUUUAUGGGCAUGAUGGCUCAACUUCCGCUGUCCUUCAUCUCGAAAUUCAUGGAAAAACACUUUGGGGAGCGACUUGGUAACACUAUCGUUUGGGCUUCGAUCAUCCUGGGGCAACCACUUUGCAUUAUGAUGUACUACCAUGACUACGUGGUCACGAAUUACGGCGAUAUUUUGGUCGAUGGCACGUUGGAAUAACAAAAAACUGUGGAUUUUUCUGUACGAUUAUUGUUUAUUGUUAUAGAUUGUAAAAAAAAUGAACAAAAAAAAUAUUUUCUAAUAUUAAAUUUUGUAUCAA